GAGACAGAGUUGAAUAGAUAAUAAAGCUCCCUUUCUUUCCCCCAUUUCCAUUCCAUCCCCACAUCCACUGUUAAAUAAAGCAUCACUUCUUCUCAAUUUGCAGCAGAGAAACACAGAUAAGUAGUAGCCACCCAAAAGCAAGAAUCGAAGAAGAAGAAGAAGAAGAAGAAGAAGAAGAAGAAGAAGAAGAAGAAGGGAUGAAAUGGAAGAAAGAGGGAGGUGGUGGUUGAAUAUGGAUUCUGUGUUCCGGUGCAGCCCAUGCUUGGAAACCCUUUUCAAAUCCUUCCUCAACUGCUUUGGUUUUCAUGGUGAUGAUGAUGAUGAUGUUCAUCAAGAAGAGCAGCAGCAGCAAGAAGAAGGAGAGCAUGCAGCAGCAGCAGCUGAUCAAGAUGGAGGAGGGUUCAUCACUUCCAUAAACACCAAUUACCAGCAGCAGCAGGAAACAGCAGGUUCAACAUCAGGAGUGGUGUCCCUUCGAGCUGUAGCGGUAAGAAGACCUGGAAGGCCUCCAGUGAGCUCUGGAGGAGGUGGUCAAAUCAAUGCUGCUUCAGCUUAAUUAAUUAUUCUACCAAUUAUUUACCUUUUACCUAUAUCUAUCUGUUCUUUUUUUCUUCUUUUUUGAGAAGCUGGAGUCAAGAAUUGGGUGUGGCUUUUUUGGGAUUCUCUCUUCUCUCUUUUGGUGUUGCUCAAGUUUCAUAGUACUAUUGUAGUUGCUGGAUGUACAUGUAUUAUUAUACACUACUAUACAUGGCAUUGUAUUUUAGAGCCAUAUAUGUCAAAUUGGUCACUCAACUUCAAUGGUUCUAUGAAUUUUCGUUGGUCG